UGUGUGAAAACUUCUUUGGGCCUCAUAAACAACCACAGAACCACAAGUUGGGUAGCCUGGCAGUGUCAGAAGUCUGAGCCUGGCAUAGUGGUCAGCAGGCAGGACGAAUCACACUGAAUGCAAACCACAGGGUUUCGCAGAGUGGUAAGCAUCAGCAAUCCUCUUCUUAGGUGCCGCUGCUUGUUUUUUAUUUUUUUUUUUUUUUUUUUUUUUCCUUAAUCUUUAACAAUUUGAAUAUUUGUUUUCACUAAGGUAAAAGAAAUCAUUGAGUCCCCCGCCUUCAGAAGAGGGUGCCUUUUCGGGAGGAAGCGAUGGCUUCAGACAGCAUAUUUGAGUCAUUUCCUUCGUACCCACAGUGCUUCAUGAGAGAUGCCAGCACGAGCCGCCGCUUCACGCCGCCUUCCACCGCGCUGAGCCCGGGCAAGAUGAGCGAGGCGCUGCCGCUGGGCGCCCCGGACGCCGGCGCCGCCCUGGCCGGCAAGCUGAGGAGCGGCGACCGCAGCAUGGUGGAGGUGCUGGCCGACCACCCCGGCGAGCUGGUGCGCACCGACAGCCCCAACUUCCUCUGCUCCGUGCUGCCUACGCACUGGCGCUGCAACAAGACCCUGCCCAUCGCUUUCAAGGUGGUGGCUCUUGGGGACGUUCCUGAUGGCACUCUGGUCACUGUGAUGGCCGGCAACGAUGAGAACUAUUCCGCCGAGCUGAGAAAUGCUACCGCGGCCAUGAAGAACCAAGUCGCAAGAUUCAAUGACCUCAGGUUUGUCGGUCGAAGUGGAAGAGGGAAGAGCUUCACUCUGACCAUCACCGUCUUCACGAACCCACCACAAGUCGCCACCUACCACAGAGCCAUCAAAAUCACAGUGGAUGGGCCCCGAGAACCUCGAAGACAUCGGCAGAAACUAGAUGAUCAGACCAAGCCUGGGAGCUUGUCCUUUUCCGAGCGGCUCAGUGAACUGGAGCAGCUGCGGCGCACAGCCAUGAGGGCCAGCCCACACCACCCAGCCCCCACGCCCAACCCUCGCGCCUCCAUUAGCCACUCCACUGCCUUUAACCCUCAGCCUCAGAGUCAGAUGCAGGAUACAAGGCAGAUCCAGCCAUCCCCACCAUGGUCCUAUGAUCAAUCCUACCAGUACCUGGGAUCAAUCGCCUCUCCUUCCGUGCACCCAGCAACACCCAUCUCACCUGGACGUGCCAGUGGCAUGACAACCCUUUCUGCAGAACUUUCCAGUCGACUCUCAACCGCGCCAGACCUGACGGCCUUCGGCGACCCGCGCCAGUUCCCCGCGCUGCCCUCCAUCUCAGACCCUCGCAUGCACUACCCCGGCGCCUUCACCUACUCCCCGACGCCCGUCACCUCGGGCAUCGGCAUCGGCAUGUCGGCCAUGAGCUCGGCCACGCGCUACCACACGUACCUGCCGCCGCCUUACCCCGGCUCGUCGCAGGCGCAGGGCGGCCCCUUCCAGGCCAGCUCGCCCUACCUGUACUACGGCGCCUCGGCCGGCUCCUACCAGUUCUCCAUGGUGGGCGGCGAGCGCUCGCCGCCGCGCAUCCUGCCGCCCUGCACCAACGCCUCCACGGGCUCGGCGCUGCUCAACCCCAGCCUCCCGAACCAGAGCGACGUGGUGGAGGCCGAGGGCAGCCACAGCAACUCGCCCACCAACAUGGCGCCCGCCGCGCGCCUCGAGGAGGCCGUGUGGCGGCCCUACUGAGGGGCGGCGCGGGGCCUCGCCCGGCAGCAGCGGCGUCUUCGCCCGACGGGCCGGCCCUUGCCGCCUGACGUCGUGGAAGAGCCUCCUUCGCCCGCCUGCCGGGCCGAGCCGUCUGUUACCGAGAAGCCCCCCUGGGCCCGGCCGCGGGGCGAGCGCGCCUGCCGUCCUGCCCGGGAUCUCGCACCCGGCCGGCCUCGGGCAGCCUCCUGCGCCUCCGAAGCCCGUGCAGUUCGCUAUCGCUGUUGGCCCGUCGCAGAUUUUUCGAACCUGACGCAACUUGAGGGUGUCCGCUAACCACCACCAUGUGGACACGUUGUAAAAAGCAAACAGGAAGAUUCCCAGAGGGAAACUGUGAAUGCUUCUGAUUUAGCAAUGCUGUGAAUAAAAGAAAGAUUUUAUACCCUUGACUUCACUUUUUAACCAAGUUGUUUAUUCCAAAGAGUGUGGAAUUUGAGUUGGGGGGGAAAUGCAACUCAUCCUGUUUGGCAUCUAAUUCUUAUUUUUUUAAUUUUUCUUUUCCGCACCUUAUAAAUUGCAAAAUGCAUAUUUGCAUUUGGGUGGUUUUUAUUUUUAUAUAUCUAUAUAAAUUUGAGCUUGCUUCUUUCUUGCUUUGACAGUUGAAAGAAAUAUGAUUCCCUUUUCUGUAAGUUUUAUUUAACUUUUGGACUUUUGUGUAGUUGUUUUUUUUGAGAAACAUCUACAGCUUUGGGUCAUUUUUAACUACUGUAUUCCCACAAGGAAUCCCUAGAUAUUUAUGUAUCUUGAUGUUCAGACAUUUACUAAUGUGUUGAUACUUUUUUAAUUAUUUAAAUGUACUUAUAUUAAGGAGAAAAAUAUCAAGUACUACAUUUUGUUUUGUUUUUUGAUAGUAGCCAAAGUUAAAUGUAUCACAUUGAAGAAGGCUGGAAAAAAAUGAUGGUUAAUGUGAUCACUUGGUUAUCUAGAAGUAUUGUUUACAUUAAACUCCCUUUCAUGUUAAACAAGUUGGUAGCUAAUGCAGCAAUGUUUUUAACAGGAUUUUUUAGGCACUGAGGGUCACUCAGAGGAUCAAAAGUAUGGAAUUUUCUGCCAGGCUCAACAAAGAGUCUCAUAUCUGGCUCCCUCUGUUCAGAGAAGGUCAAAUCUGGUCCCAAAGGGUUCAGACAGGUGCCAAUGAUUACACCUUUGGAGAGGAUUUAAUUUCUGCCUAGGGAUUUGCUCACUCCAUGGCCUUCUGAUGAUUUCACAUAGGCUUUACAACAGAACACAUCCAAAGUAAACUGUGUGGAAAGGUAUCAUUUACAUAAAAAGCAAAUGAAUGAAUUUAGGGGCCCACCAGAAGCAGGCCUGGAGCAGCCAAUUCUCUCAGUAUGCCUCAGUGGAGUCACUUGGGAGAACAUCAUCCUACCUGUGCAGGACCCCAAUCCAUGCUGCUCACUCACCACCAUCUUUGUGUUGCUUUCACCAGGCUGAGACCCUACCCUGUGGGGUGUGUGCACUUUCACCUGUGCACCAGCAUGACAGGAAAGAUUCGUGUCACUGCUGUCCAUGGCUACGAUUCAAAGGUAUCCAAUGUCACUGUAAAUUUUAUGGCACUAUUUUUAUUGGAGGAUUUGGUCAGAAUGCAGUUGUUGUACAACUCAUAAAUACUAACUGCUGAUUUUGACAUAUGUGUGCUCAAAAUGAUCUGGUUGUUAUUUAAUGUACCUCUUAAAAUUAGUUGAAACAAUUUCAGAUCAACUCUGAAGAGUAUUUGAAAGCAGGACUUCAGAACAGUGUUUGAUUUUUAUUUUAUAAAUUUAAGCAUUCAAAUUAGACAAAUCUUUGGCUGCAGGCAGCAAAACAGCUGGACUUAUUUAAAACAACUUGUUUUUUAGUUUUCUUAUAUAUAUAUUGAUUAUUUGUUUUACACAGAUGCAGUAGCACUUUGGUAAGAGUUAAAGAAUAAAGCAGCUUGUGUUGUCAGGUCGUUCUUAUAUAGGGAAGAGCUAUAGUAGAUCUUGGAGAAACUCAGAAUAUAUUCAUUUUCAUUUGAGACAUAGCUCCCUCCACAGUUCAGUUUCAUACAUUAUUCCAUAUUACAUUUUUGCAGCUGGAUUACCAUCAAAUGUCAGAAAACUUAAAAAUUUAAUUUCUGAAAAGGAUCAUUAGCCCAUUUCCCCCAAAAUGAACUUAAAUGUUCUUUUCAGCACACGUUGCCAUAUCUGACCUGAGAAAAUGCUGGGGGAAAAUGAAGGAAAACACUUAACAUUUUUCAGUUCAAUUCUGGUACAUAAAGAUAAUCCCACUCAAAACCAGCCUACCACCCCCACAAGGGGAAUCAGAUAAUCUCUCACAUUGAACCUUCACUCUUAAAGCUGUGUAUGGGUAGGGCUGGUCACUUUGUUGUGGACUCACUGGUUUGGUCAUUCAGAGCUUCACAGACUCUUACCAGCAUAUAUAGUAUUUAAUUUUUUCAGAAAAAAAAAUCAAACCUUAGUUAUUUUGGAGAUAGGUUUCAACUCUUUUUUUUUUUUUUUUUUCCUGAGGCAUUGCCUCCAUUGCCUUCAGGUGAAUGAAGGUGUCUUUUUAGUCAUUGCCUUCAGGUAUAGUAAGGUAUUAGUGAGACACUUAAAGCCAAUCCUGUGAUAAUCGGAUGUAUCUGGGAGCUUUGGUUCAGGACAAGAAAGAUUGAAUAAGCUAUUUCUACUGCUUAUUCAUGCCCUUAUUUACGAUUUCAACAUGGACACAUAUUUCAGUUCUUUCUGUUUUUCUCAAUAUCUGAAAAUAAAUUUCUCCCUCGCUGCCCCCCAGUAUCUCUUUCUCUCUCCUCUCCCUCCUCCAUACCCCCACUUCCAUUCCCUCCUCCACUCUCCCACAUUCUCUUAAGGAGAUAGCACACACCCCCAUCCCAGUACCAAAUGUCCACAACACAAGGAGAUCCAGUUCUUCUCCCUUUACAUAAAGGAACAUGGUGAGUCAGCCUUCUCCUGUUUAUGGGUUUCUUCCAGCAGAACAGAGACAUUGCCAACCAUUUUGGAUCUGCUUGCUGUCCAAAUGCAGCAACAAAAACCUUCCUGGGCAAAUUACAAUAGUGAGUAAAUCGCCUUUCUGCUGCCUAGGGUUUCCAUGUAGACAAACAGAAAUGCUCUGAUUAGAAAGGAAAUGAAUGGUUUCACUCAAAUGCCCUGCAAUUUAGGAUUGCAGAUUUCUGUCUUGAAAUGCCUGUUUCCUUGGGACAUUCCGUCCUGGUGAUUUUUUAUUUUUGGUGGUUUUUAUUUCUGGGGGCAAUGACAUGUUUGGGGGUCUUUUAUACAUGAAAAUUGGUUUGUCAAUAAUCUCAGAAAACUUUUUUUUACAUCUGAACAAAAUGCUUUUUUGUUUACCCUAACAUAUACAUUUGUUUGGGUUUUUUGUUUGUUGGGAAUUUUUUCCUCCCUUUUAGCCAGGUCAGUAUUGAUAAGGCUGAUCAUUUGGCUAUUUUUUUCCUUCCAGAAGAGUUGCAUCAACAAAGUUAAUUGUAUUUAUGUAUGUAAAUAGAUUUUAAGCUUCAUUAUAAAAUAUUGUUAAUGCCUAUAAUAACUUUUUUCAAUUUUUUGUGUGUGUUUCUAAGGACAUUUCCUUAUGUUUGCUACAUACUGUAGAAAAAAAUGCUUCUUUUUACUUUGUUUAUUUUAGACUUAAACACAAGCUACUUACUCAUUUUUGUAAACAGCUAAUAGCAUGGUUCCAAUUUUUUUUUUUAAAGUUCACUUUUUGUUCUAGGAGAAAUGAAUGUGCAAAAACCAAAAAGAAUUGUUGGUUAUUUGUGUUAUUCUGGAUGUGUAAAAAUCAAUGGAAAAAAUAAACUUCCAAAUUGACAAUGAAAUGACAA